AUGCCAGGCAAGAAGCAGAAGGUCACGAGGUCAUCAGCCAGCGACGCUGGCUUCUCGGGCAUUGCUGCCGCACUGGUUGGUCCAGACGAGGACGGCCAAAUCCUUGGCGACACCCCCGUCGGGGCGGCCCCUGCGGGGCCAUCCCAGGCCGUGGCUGACAAGCAGUCCGUGAAGGCCCAGAAGUACGCUAAGAAGAAGGUGCAGACCGACUCAGGGUGCCUCGACUGCGAGGAGAUCUUCACAGCAUUGAAGGCUGGACUCUACUUGUGCGAGAACGUGUCCUACCAGCAGUUCUGCCAGGACAUGGCUGACGAUAGUUAUGCGCUGCAGUUGCCCUUCAACAAGGCCUCCGAGGAGAUCGAGGACAGGAAGAAGGCCCAGAGCAGCCUCAAGACGAGGAUGCUGCCGUCGGAUGUCUUGGAGGCCACGUCGACUGGCUUCACGGUGUUCAAGGACAAGCGGGGUUUCACGCCAGGGGAGUUCCAGGAGGAGUUCGGCAAGGAACCGUCGGAGCUGGGAUACAAGUUGCAGGACCUUAUCAGCGAGAAGGGGACGCAGUACAAGGGUGUGCUCAAGGAUGACGAGGGAGAGAAGAAGGGGGCGCGAUACCAGAUGUACCGCACAUACGAAGUGCGCAAGUCAGACUACAAGAUGCCCAUCGAGAAUCAUCUCUUCGCAGGCCAGGGCAACAACACGUUUAAGAACCUGACGCAUUGUGCCAGCGCGAAGCGUUCUCAGGAGGCGAUGAUGUUUCAGAAGCUUCGGAACUGCCGCCUGAGCACAGCCGACAUCAAGCAGCGCAGUGCUGCCGCAGGUCCCAGGGGUGCCAAGUCUGCGGUUGGAAGCCCGAGCAAACCUGAUUCCUCCCCGAAGCUCGGGGCGCCGAGCGUGGCCAACACAGUGGGAGGUGCCAACAGGAAGCGUAAGUCACUGGGUGAUGCCGCCUCCUCUUUCGGUGACACGAAGGCUGGCAAGUACGAGCGGCGGACAGUCGAGGAGUUCAUCGCACUUCUUCCUUUUCAGGCAGCCCUUUCGAUUAGCAAUCAUUCUAGGUUGCACUACCGCUUCGCGAAUAAGCUAUUGGACGAGUUGCAGCAGAUGAAUCCUCAGCCAUCGAACUACUUUGUUCUCAAGCAGCACCUGGAUAGGCUUAACAUCGUUAUUGACUUCGCAAGCAAGGAUAACUCCAAGCGCCCGCUCUCGGACUUGCAGGUUGACCUUGCGAAGUUGUCUGAGUUCGUGUCGGAUUGGCCCUCCAACAUCAAGGACCUGCUGCUAGAGAGGCGCAUGGCUGUUCUCGGUCAGAUCGACGACCAAGCUACUGACGAGAAGCUCAAGCAGGUCAUUGCGUGCUGCGUGCCGUGGCGCUCGUCUACCACCGACGGACUGGGCGACGAGGACGCCCACCUGUUCAACCCUCUGCAGCCCACUCUCAGCACGACGGACGGGUCCGCCAUGGAGAAGGCCUCGAAGUUUCGCCAGUUGGUGCUUGACAAAGUGAUCACUCCCAUGUUGGCCAACGGCCCCAGCAUCAAGGAACGCAUCCGCCAUGUUUGCGUGGUGGCGAUGCAGCAGUUCGCCCAGAAGCCAGACUCGAUCGAUGAGAUGACGUUGGCGACACUAUUCGAGGUGAUGAGGGUGCUUAAAGGCUUGAUCUCGAUCUGCGACGGCCCAGGCACCCAGUACAUCGAGCAAGGUCGCCAACUAGCACAGGUACGCAAAGGUGGAGGACAAACCUUGGUCGACAACGUGUCUGCGGUGCUCCACGGCGUCGCUGCUUGGAAGGAGUAUCUGAACGACGUGGCCGUGUCAGGGAAAAGGUUAACGCAAGAACUCAUCGACGAGCACGCCGACACAACGAAUGUGCUGCACGACAUGCUGGAGCGUGACGUUGAGAACCUCGGCCUUGGGGUGCUGAAGAAAGCUGUGACUACAUUCAAGGUGCAGGGUAGUGCUUUGCGGACUGACUUGCUCGAUAAGCUCUCGAAGCUCUUGACGGGCGCCCUCGACCACGUGGCAUCCCAGGUUGCGAGGUACAAGGUGAGUGUUGCCAGCAAGGGCAAGGAGGCGAGCGACCUUUCUGUUGACGGGGUUACAGAGGCCAUUCAGCAAUGGCGCGAGCUCUCAGGUGGGUUCGAUCUCGUGGACAGCAGCAUCCCCUUCCAGACCUUCGACGCCAAGGGGCCCUUGGCGAACAUUGACGAUGUCAUGAAAUUCCUGGAACAAGUGUCGGACCACCAACGCUUCAUGGCCGCCGUGACGUCCAUAUCGGACGAGAGCCUCCCCACCAUGACACCUAAGAGGAUCGAGGACGCUUACGAUGUGGUCGUUCGUGGAUCUAAGGACAUGAAGGACGCGGCAGGUGCGGAGAACGCUGGGGAGAGCAUCCUCAAGUUCCUGCAGACUGCCGACGGGUGGCCCCACGCCCAAGCGGAGACGCUGAUUCAAUUGGCCGUGGAGAUCUGCAAGGUCGAGCGCGUGAACAAAUCGAUCGUGAGCUGUGCGACCUCGAUCCACAAGGUGUGGGUGUUGAGGCAGAGGCGGCUUGCAUACGAACAGCUCGGAGAUUCGGACUACAGCAGGGCUCAGGCUGACGAAGCACAGGUCAUGGUGAGAGGCUUGAUCGUUGCGUUGUUCGAGGCCGUCCGCUCGCUGACCGAAGGGCAGGUUGAGUACUCGAAGGAUGGCUGCAUCCACAUCGAGACGACGACGGUCGAGAACACGGUCAAAGCUGCUUCCGAGAGUCACCUCAAGAUGUGUUCCGACAAGGUCGCAGCGGCCAUUGGUCAGUUCAAGGAGGUGGUCAAGGACGUUGCUGGCGCCGAUGCUCGCUGGACGAGCGGCCUGAAGGUGAAGGCCAACGACGUCGUCGACAUCGCAGCCGUGGCCAAGCUGGCCAAGAAGACGCUCCUCCAGAUAGACGGCGACGCUCUCGAGAAAGGGGUGCAGGACCUCAAGGCACUGACAUCGAACCUGCAGAAGAUUGCCGAGACCUUCGGGUUCAAGGAGGGCGCCAUCGAGCUGCUGAAUGAGGCUGGAGAGUUCCAGCGGCUGCUGCGGUCGGGUGCCCUCGCAACGCGCGAGGCCAAGCUGGUGCUCGGCCAUGCGAAGUUCGGCGCCAACGAGGUGACAUGGCACAAGUUCUGCACCAAGCUGAAGAAGGAGGUCGGCGACAGCACGCCGACGAUCCAGCUCGAGAAGUGGAUGGAGAAGUACGUGGAGUCCGUCCUGGCCAU